AUGUAUUUCUAAAUAAAAAUCAUCCCAAUUAUAGUGAAUCUAGUCUCUAGCAUAAUAGUGUACGAUACUAGGGUUUUUAAAGGGUUUGACAAUUAUCCUAUUUUUUCUUGUGCAGGAACCUCACAAACAAGUUAAAUCGUCUUCUCAGAUACAUUUCCUGAAAUUCCUAAAAUAAUCAUUUCCCUUGAAGAAAUUGAUACAAAUAUUAAUAACUCAGGCUUUAUUUUAGAGAUUACAGAUGUUCAGCUUACAUGUAAGUAUUUAGAUUAAUUAGAUUUUAAUAUUACGAUUUCAUGUCCAUAUUAAAGUGUAUAUGCUAUAAGAUUUAAAUGGUAUGCUAUUUGUGGAGGAGGUCUCCAAGUAAUAAAUUAUAUCAGUUCCGGAGGCAUUGUCAACAAUACUUUUCCACAUUCAAUGAGUAAUCCGAAAUAUGGAUUUGUGAGUUUAACAGGUUUCUUAUACAAUGGAUAAAUUGAUUUUCUACUUUAAGUAAGUCAUUUAUAUAAUAACAUUCUCAGGUAAGUAAGCUGACAAGCUCAUCUAUUUCGGUUGAGAUUAACCAAGUAGCUGGAAAAUUCCCUAAUUUACUAAAAAUAGGUUAUUAAGUUGUCAUAUCAUAAUAUGAGAUAAUCAAUCUAGGAUUAUAAUAUGCUCCUCAGAAUUUUAUAAGUUAAACAAUUUAGUAAAUAUGCAGUUAAUGGUUUAUUUUUAACCUUUAAGGUGUUAAUUUUCAAAACUCUGAUAACUUCAGAUUAAACCUAACAUAUAAUAAUAGUGCUGAUAUUAUUUCUUAUGAGUUUGGAAAAUGUAUAAAAUUUAUCAAAUUUUAGGGAUUGGAUAAUAUACUGGAAGUUAUCAUUCUUAACUUUUGUUUUCUUAUUAAAAUAUUUACUUUAGUUGCGCUUUGAUAAAAACUAAAAUGAAAUUGAUCUCAGCUAUCAAUAUCAAUGAUUUACCAGAAAAGAAAAUUGUUUUUAUUGAUCUAAAUCUCCAAUAUAUUAAUGAAGGAAUAUACAAUUUAAUUUUAAAUAAAACGCUUUCCUAUAUGUAAUUAGAAGUAGCUAUGAAAAGCUUUGAAAGGAAAUUUAUUUAAAGCUCAAUUCAUUCAUAGGAGAACUACAAUCAUUUAUAAUCCCACGUUAUUAAAUAUAAAUAUGAAAAAAUCUUCAAUUUCAUGACUUUCUAUCUAGCAUUUACAUCCCCUAACUAUGAAUAAUAAAAAUUAAAGAUAAUUAUCACAACUGGGAGUAUUGAAUUAGUUCAAGUAUUUUAAAAUUGCAUAUAAGAAAUGACAAUUCUUAAAUUUGAAUAUAUAGAUAUCUGA